AUGGAAGAAGCUAUUGCUUCAGUCACACCUUCUCCACCUCAUUCUACUUCAUCUACAGCCACACUUCAUCCCUCAUUGACCGAUAAACCUACAGAGACAAAACGAAAGAAACAAAAGACAGAAUCUGAAGCAAGAGCAAGACCUAAAAAGACACCGCCUAUAGAAUCACCACCUAUUCAUAGACAAAAGACAACAGUACCACCUGUACCUAAACAUCAACCUCAUUUUAAAUACACGACAUUCCCUGUCAAGGGAUACAAUAUUCUUCCAACACGUAACAUCACAAGUACAUUUGCUAGAAACGAUACUUCUUAUUUUGCUGGCCAUAAGGCAGGAUCCAAAGACAUUGCUCCCAAUCCAGAAGAAGAAUGGAGAGAUACAAUUGUGAUUCAUCCAGGUUCACGUAAUUUAAGAAUAGGAUCAGCCUCAGAAGCAUUUCCUGUCUCUGUUCCUCAUGUGAUUGCAAGACAUGUCAACCAAAAACCAACUCAAGCUAUACCACAACAGCAUGACAUAGAUCAAGAAAAGCAUGAAGCUGCUCUGAAUGAUAUUAAGGGUGAACUUAAAUGGCGCAUGAAGAAUGCUAAACGUAGAGCAGUGCCUAAUGCUGAAUCACAAGUGAUUGGGUUCAACGCAACAGCCAUCAAAGAGACUAUUCUGGACCAUAAUGACCCUUAUAAAGUUGAAUGGACUGAUCUGUCUGGUCAACCCGAGUAUUUUGUAGGCGAAAAAGCACUGAAUGUACCCAUGCAUCAAGAUACACCCUAUUAUACACGUUAUCCUUGGAAGAAUGGUACAUUAAACAACCAAGAGUAUGAAUCCAUGCAAGCUGUCUUGAGUGAUCUUGAAGUGAUUUGGACAGAAUCUAUUGUUCAGCAUUUAGACAUGGACAAAGCAGAUAUCAAGAAUUGCCAUGCUGCAUUAGUGAUUCCAGAUAUGUUGGAUCAUAGUUAUUUAUGUGCCAUAUUGACCAUGAUGCUACGUUCAAUGGGAUUCAAGAGUGUGAUUGUUCAACAAGAAUCCACCUGUGCUACUUUUGGUGCAGGUGUAUCCAGUGCUGUUGUGGUUGAUAUUGGUGCACAAACAACCACGAUUACCUGUAUUGAAGAUGGUGUAUGUCAAACAGACUCUCGUAUGUCCAUUCAGUUAGGUGGCGAUGAUAUCACCAAGACAUUUACUGCUUUCCUUAUGGCCAACAAAUUCCCUUAUACUGAACUUGACUUGAAUACUACGUAUGAUUGGCGACUUGCAGAAACACUGAAAGAGAAAUGGUGUACUAUGAAUGAAGCAGACAUGAGUGUUCAAGUCUAUGAUUUCUUUGCACGUACACCCUUUCAUCCCACAUUAAAAUAUCAAUGCAAAGUAUAUGAUGAAGUCUUUUUAGCACCUCUUUGUCUUGUCUAUCCAGACAUUUUAGAUAAACAGCCUCAACAUCAGACAUGGACGCUUAAGAAUGUUACAGAUGAUAUUGUAGAAGAUACUACGAUGAAACCAAAUCAAGUCUAUGACCAUUAUCCUCUUGAUGUAGCUAUUGCUCAGUCUAUUGUGGCAGGCGCUAAUGGAUCAGAAGAGAAACUCAAACGAUACUUUACGAGUAUUAUCUUGGUUGGAGGAGGAGGCAAAGUAGCUAAUUUCAGCAAGGUACUUGAAGAUCGCGUACUGUCUACAGUGAUAGCACAAACAGCCAAUGUAGAUCGAGUAGAAGUAGUGCCUGCACCAAGAGAAUUGGAUCCUGAAGUAUUAGUCUGGAAAGGUGCUUCUGUCAUGGUCAAGUUAGACUCUGCUAAAGAUAUGUGGAUUGGGCAUACGGAAUGGGAAGAUAUGGGUUCAAGAUGUUUAAGGGAGAGAGCUUUGUUAAUGUAA